AUUAAACUUCCAAACUAACGAACGUCAAACUGUGAGAAGAGAAGAGAAGAGAUCUUGCAGUUGAAAGCUUUGGUUUUAAGAUAAAUACCCCUUUUCUUUUCUUUUCUUUUCUUUUCUUUAGCAACCUCUUUUUCUGCCAUUGUUUCUCCUUGGCCUUUACAUUUUAGAUUCGAUCUCCGAAUUUUUACAAGCACAACUGUUUUGUGUUUUCAUUUAUCUCUUUCUUUUCUUUUUAUACAUAAAAAUCAUGGCGAAGAGUCAGAUUGGCGGAGCCUUUCGAUUCUGGUUCUGUCUUUUCACGAUUUUGAUCUACGCCAGGAUUUCCAGCUCUGUGAGGUCCGAUAAAGAGAUCAGAGAGAGGUUCUAUGGAAAUUUGUUAAACUCCACCGCACCAGAAUCGAACGACACCAUAGCCAAAAUGUUCGAUCGAGUUCUCGAGAAAGAGUUUUCCGAAAAUGAUCAGCCUGAAGGACCUGAUGCAAGCAGCUUUAACAACAGUGUAGCUGAUCAACAAGCUGUUCUGGAGACUGUAGCCAAAAUCACUCAUGAGAAGGGCAAGAAAAAUGAUACACAAGAAGCCAAUGGCACAAGAUCUUUCCAGCUGCAAGAUGUUUUUUCUUUGGAGAAUGAAGACUCUGAUGACAUGACAACCUUGAUUGAUAAAAAGGAUAAUGUGUUUGUCAUGUCAAACAAGAAAUCCAAGUUUCCAAUUCUUCAAGUAGAUUUGAGAUUAAUUUCCGACUUGGUGGUUGUUAUAGUUUCUGCUGCCAUUGGUGGCAUUCUGUUUUCUUGUUUGGGACAACCGGUUAUUGUGGGUUAUCUUCUUGCUGGUUCUAUCAUUGGACCAGGGGGGCUUAAAUUCAUUAGUGAAAUGGUACAGGUUGAAACUGUUGCCCAAUUUGGUGUAGUAUUUCUUCUUUUUGCUUUGGGGCUGGAGUUUUCUUUAACAAAGCUAAAAGCAGUGGGGCCUGUAGCUGUUAUAGGAGGACUCCUUCAGAUCAUAACAUUUAUGUUCUUGUGUGGAGUAACUGCUAUGUUAUGUGGGGCGAAGUUGUCUGAGGGUGUUUUUGUUGGUUCCUUCUUGUCAAUGUCAUCAACUGCUGUGGUAAUAAAGUUUCUGGUAGAACGGAAUACUAACAAUUCUCUUCCUGGUCAAGUUACAAUAGGGACACUUAUUUUUCAGGAUUGUGCUGUUGGUUUACUGUUUGCUUUGCUCCCAGUUUUGGGUGGUACUAGUGGCCUUUUGCAAGGAAUGAUUUCAAUGGGAAAGCUGAUGCUGGUAUUAUCAAUUUAUCUCACAGUGGCAUCUCUGUUGUCCUGGUCAUUUGUACCCCGCUUUUUGAAACUGAUGAUGCAGUUAUCCUCUCAAACAAAUGAGCUCUAUCAGCUUGCUGCUGUGGCAUUUUGCUUAUUGUCAGCUUGGUGCAGUGAUAAGCUGGGUCUUAGUCUUGAGUUGGGCUCUUUUGUUGCUGGAGUCAUGAUAUCUACCACUGAUUUUGCUCAACAUACUUUAGAUCAGGUGGAACCAAUUCGUAAUUUAUUUGCAGCUCUCUUCCUUUCGAGUAUUGGGAUGCUCAUUCAUGUACAUUUUCUUUGGAGCCACGUGGAUAUACUUCUAGCAUCUGUCAUUUUGGUUAUAGUUAUAAAGACGGCUGUUGUCACUAUAGUUACCAAGGCCUUCAGAUAUAGCAUCAAAACAUCAUUUAUUGUAGGAAUAUCUCUUGCUCAAAUAGGAGAAUUUGCCUUUGUUCUUCUCAGUCGUGCGUCUAAUCUUCAUCUAAUUGAGGGAAAGAUGUAUCUGCUUCUUCUUGGAACAACAGCCUUUAGUCUAGUAACAACUCCUCUCCUAUUCAAAUUGAUACCCGCUGUUUUAAAUCUGGGAGUUCUCAUGCACUGGUUUCCCUCCGAGAGCAACAUUCAGAUUGAGGUCUCUCUCUCUCUCUCUCUCUCUCUCUCUCUCUCUCUCUCUCUAAUUAUUGUGCCAUAUAUUUGUUGUACCCCAGAGUUGGAACCUUGCCAUGCUCUCGUGAAUUUACAUCUUAUUCUUUGCAUGUUUUACAGGAGAAAGCUUCGAUGAUUGAUUCGUUUAACAGAAUGUUAUGACCAUCCACGUUUUUCCUAGUCUUGGGUCCAUAGGUUAUAUAGCUCAAUUGGCAGCAAUUUUGCUAACAAUAUUGGAAUAGGGCAUAUCUAAUGCCAAUUCUACGGUAGAGGUAAGACAACACUCAGAAUUUUAAAUUUUGUUUAAACUUGACUUGGAGUUCUUAUGUACAUAAAUAUUCUUUCGACUAUUCUUUAGAUAUGUGUAUAUAGGAAUUCUCAAGGACUCAUUACACUAUACACACGACACGAGUCCUUGACAUCUUGUAACAUCAUUAUAUAUUCAUAUUAAAGUUACGAAGUUACUCCUAAUACAGAAGACUAAGACAUUACAGUACAGAUAAAUAGGAAUAUGUUAGUAUAUCAUUGUAUUGAGGUUUUAUGAUGUGGUAGCUACAAGUAACUAACAUUAAAUGAGUCCUGUUUGUCUAAUUUGUUUUGCAUAAUACAUUGAACUUGAAUGGUUUGUCUUA